AUGCCCUCGCUGCUGUGCCACAUCCACGGCGCCUCACCAGUCACCGAGAUUCCCAAUGAUGGGUCGCUGGCCAUACAGCACAAACGGAGCAGAGUAUAUCGAGUACAGGCAUACAACGUUACACUUAUAAACACGUGGAGCACGUUUCUUAACGAGUACUGGCAAGACGAGCAGACCCUCUCGCGCUACAGUGGCGGCAAGAAUCGCACGGACGAAGAUUCGGUGAUCAAUCUGGACGGCGUCGAUCCGGCGCUUGCCGCCCGGGUGACUAAAUACGACGUGCUUAUACUGCAGACCGCCGCGCACUGGCAGGCCAAGCCUAAUAAAUGGCGGCGGUACUUUGUGGAUGGGAAGGGGAGGCUGGUGUUCACCGAACGGCAAUACAUUGCUGCUUUCGAACGUGGCAUGAGGGCCAUAGCGAAUCUGCUGAACCAAAGUGACCCUGACACCCCCCCUGCUGCACGCACCCCCGUGCCCUUCUUCCUCUCUGCGCCCGCCAAGAUCAACCGCUGCAAACGACACUCGCAGCCCCUCACAAAUGCCCAGGUUCUUCAAACUCGUUAUAAGAUUCCUCAGUACACUCGGUGGCUACCCGCACAACAGCGGGCAGUAGCAGGCACGCGAAUCCGCCUUCUGGACGUCACCUCCUCCACUCUCUACCGGCCAGACUCCUUUGUGGGCUCUGGUGGGGUGAACAACGACUGUGUGCAUUUCUGCCUGCCUGGUGUGCCUGAUUCGUGGGUUGACAUGCUUCAUAAUAUGUUCUCUAGGCAAGCUAUUUUCCGGGUUCCUAAGGGUGCUUCAGUCCAGUAG